AUGACUCCUUUAGUUGUUUCUAUUCUAAAUGAAAUGCAAGAUGUUUCGCUAAUUCUAAUUAACAAUGGCGCAGAUAUUAAUGCAGUAGAUAAUCAAGGAUUUCCAAUUCUUUAUUAUGCACUUUAUGCAAAAAUGGAAUACGUUGCAUCAGUAUUAAUAGAAAAAGGUGCUAAUGUAAACUAUAAUUUUCAAGAUGGAACAAGUCUUCUUGAGCUUGCAAAACGUGAUAAUUCAUACGAAAUUGUAAUGUUACUUAAGCUAUAUGGUGUAGAAAAAGAAUCUGAUAGUGAUGAAAUAGAAAAUUUUGAAAAUAUUGUUAUUGAUCAUAACAACAAACCAUCUUCUUUGCAUUUUGAUUGCGAUGCUGACACAAAUUUAGGAUAG